CUGUCGCUGCAUUAAUUGAGCGAGCUCUCAGCUAGCAUGGCCAUGGAGGCGGCUCUUGUUAGCGUGGCGACAGGGGUCCUCAAACCUGUCCUAGGGAAGCUGGUUGUUCUGCUCGGCAACGAGUACAAGCGGUUCAAGGGUGUGCGCAAGGGGAUCAGGUCCCUUACUCAUGAGCUCGGCGCCAUGGAGGCUUUUCUCACCAAGAUGUCAGAGGAGGAGGAUCCCGAUGUGCAGGAUAAAGUUUGGAUGAAUGAGGUGCGGGAACUGUCCUAUGACAUGGAGGACACAAUCGAUGACUUCAUGCAAAGCAUCGGUGACAAAGACGAAAAGCCAGAUGGCUUCAUUGAUAAGAUCAAGAGCUCACUAGGGAAGUUGGGAAAGAUGAAGGCUCGCCGUCGGAUUGGCAGAGAGAUUCAGGAUCUGAAGAAACAGAUCAUUGAGGUGGGCGAUAGGAAUGCAAGGUACAAGAGUCGUGAGACCUUCUCCAAGACUGUCAAUGCGACCGUUGAC